AUGGCUGCCAUUGCAGAUGGGUUGCCGCAACUCCUUCCCACAGUCAUGACCUCCUGGAACGACGCCGCCAUCCAGAGUCACAAUGGCGCCGGCUUCAACCAUCUUGACCCGAACUCCGCCGGUGCCAUGCUGGACCCCUCUGCCUUUAUGAACAACCCUUCCUCCUUCGAUCCCUCCGCCCAGUUCCAAAAUCAACAGCUUCAACAGCGCAUGCAAAAUGGCGCCAUGCGCAAUGGCUCACCGGCCUUCAACAACAAUAACAACAACAACAAUAGCAACAACAACCCCAACAACCCUAUAUAUCAGACCAACCCGGUCAUCCCCUCAAAGAGGCCGCGGCCGAGAGAGGACAGCUUGGCCACGUCUCCCCGUCAAGCGCCGGGCAUGCCUCCUGGUUCGCGCUCGCAAACCCCCCAGCAAUCCCCAUACCCCGGAUUCCAAGGGAAUAAUGUGCCCCAACAACAGGGGCCUUAUUCACACCUGCAAAAUGGAUCUUCCACUGCCAGCCCGUCUCCCAUCAUGACAAACCAGCUGCGUCCUGGCGGUGUCCCCCAAAGGGUCUCGACGGCUUCGCCGCAUUCGUUUUCGCCGGCCGCUCAGCAGUUCCCCCAAGCGUCACCCUCUCAAUCAGACCAUGGCAGCCGAGUAGACACGCCGCAGAACAGCAACCCAUAUGCACAGAAUCCGGGCUUCGGACAAGGGUUUGGCCAAACUUUCACCCCUCCUUCGGGUCGAACGUCGGCGCCCCCUCAGAAUCCUAUGUCUACACCUCUCAUGCAGCAGCAGCCGCACAUGGGGCAGCCGCAGAUGUAUCCCCAACCCCAGCAGCCAACACAGCAGCAGCAGCAGCAACAACCCCAGCAACGGCCUCAGCCCAUGGAUCAGCAAAAGUUGCUGUACCACAUGCGGUUGCAGCAGCAGCUUCAACAACAAAAUUUAAUGGCGGCUCAACGGGGCAACAUGCCACCCAGCGUGAACCCGAUGGCCAAACCCCAGAUGCCCGGUCAGAAUGGACAGUUUCCGGGAAUGCGCCCGGGGCAAGUUCCACCGCAACUUGGUGGUCCGAGCCCGGAAAGCUUCAUGAAGAAUCUAGCGUCUUUCAUGCGGCAGCACAAUCAGCCGCUAGAUAUGAACCCCAUCGUUGGCGAUCGCCCGAUCGCCCUAAUAGCUUUAUAUAUGACAGUGAGGAAGUUUGGGGGGUACAAGAAGGUCACCUCGCAGAAUGGAUGGCCGCAAGUUGCGCAAGCAUUGCAAUUCCAUCCCAUGCAGAGCCAGCAGGCCGCCCAGCAGCUCAAGGCCCAUUACGACAGGAAUCUGCUCAUGUUCGAUGAAGCAUGGCAGAAUCAACAGCGCCAAAGAGUCGCCAUGAUGCAGCAAGGCCAAGGGGUGGGAGGGCCUGGCCCACAGAUGUCGCCCACUAAACAGAUGAACCCCCAAACAGGGAUGCCACAGCAACACUACCCGCAGCAAGCACAGCUUUUGGGUCAGCAGCAACAGAUGCAUACGACUCCGGUCAAGCAGAUGGCGCAAAUGCAUCAUCCACAGCAGCCAGCUGUGAAUGGCUUCUCAACUCCUCAGCAACCUCCAGGGCAACCACGGCCGAUGGGGCCUCAAAGCCAUGGGCGGAACAGUCUCUCGCGGACCAUCGAAGCCACCCCUCCGCAGAACGGAACCUCUUUUACCGUGCCUUCCCCAGUAUCCGCCGCCAAGCCAGGUGCCCUCUCGUUGCAAUCACCCCAAGUAGAUGCCGGGAUACGCCCCGGGGAGCCUCCAGCACCCCAGGAGUUCAACCUGCCUGCUGAAUUGGAUCCAAAAGUUCGUGUACUGGAUACCUUUGGUGGUGUUGAGUUAGACUCGCUAUUACGGCUCGGCGGGACUUUGAUCCAGUCGAAACCUGAUAUCCCACCUGUUGCGGAUCUUGGGUCGAUUGACAUUCAUGCCCUGACCAUGAGUUUACAAUGUGGAAUUCAUGCUGAAGUGCGAAUGGCCUUGGACACGCUAGUCUCUCUUUCCGUAGAACCUCGUUUACAGUUGGACUUGAGGGCCUGUGAAGAUCUUGUCGAAACUUUAAUCGACUGUGCCGAGAGUCAAGUUGAAAUCUUAGCUGAGAAUGCAGCAGAGGUUUCGGAUGUCAUGCUCAUAAGCUCCUACGAGGACACCGUACGUGGGUGUCGCCUUGAGCAAGAGGUCUUGCAAGAUAUACCCCCUUUUGGAUCUUUGGAAUACGAACUUGAUCGGGCUGUUGACAAGUUGAUCUGCAUCACCACCAUCAUGCGCAAUCUUUCCUUUUACGAGACAAACCAUCCUCCACUCGCCGACGAACUCGUCAUCAAAAUCUUAUGUGUUGUUAUAAGGUACUUGGGAACUCGUAACAUGCUUUUACGGACCAAUCAAAACACCUUGGAUUUUAUGAAAGAUGUGAUUAUCUUCCUGUCCAACCUUGCACAGGCCAUCGAGAUUCCAGGCCGGGAACAAGCGCUUUGUCUACUUCACUUCCUGCUUGCAUUCGCGCCAUCUCCUCCACCCAACGCAUUCGACCGGGUUACCUUUUCACCAUAUGAUCCGGCGAUACAUCGUUAUCUACCCCCGGCUGUGGACAGUCUUGCGAAACUGCUGGCUCGUGAUGAACCGAAUCGGAGCCAUUACAAGACUAUAUUCGCCUCGGACGUUGCUUCAACUCCUCCUUAUGACCUCCUUACAAAGACAUUUGCGCUCGCGGUCUCCGCGAUACCAGAUGACAAGCAGGACGGAAAACGAGCGAACCUGAUUCCUGUGGUAGAAGCUCGAAAACCAAUCUUGAUGCAAGGCAUGUUAGCUGCUGAGAUAUUAUCGAACCUAGCACCCGGCCAUGAGUCCGGAGUGGCAAAGUCUUGGUUGACAUCUGAAGAUGGCUUUUCGCAAAAUCUAGCACGGCUCAUUUUCACGUUGUGUCUGGAGGCGACACCCCAGCACCCGCACUCACGAUCGCAACCCGUCCCGAAGGGGGUUGAAGACGAAGCUCUACUUCAUAUCACCAUGGGGGGAAUUGCUGUGCUACGGCGUCUUGGGGAGAAGUCCCGCGAUCCAAACGAUCCGCUCUCUACUAUGCCCAUAACGACUUUACCAUCGAAGGAGAAUAUAUUAUCGGCACUAAAAUUGGUGCAGCCACGGCUGCAGGGGGUUUUGAAACAAUUAUGUGCAUACGCGGGGUUGGGCACAUAA